AAGCUCCGCCCACAGCAGUCACAUCAUCAGUGAAGCUCCUCCCACUGCAGUUCAUCAAUAAAUGCUGGAUUAUUCCCAUCAGACGAGCACUGAAGCUUCAGGAAGAGCUGAAAUCUGCAAAGAACAUGAGUGAUCCAGAACCCUGCAGAAUGAAACACACUGAAGAUACUGAAGAACAAAGAGAGCUGAUGGAAGUGAAGGAGGAGAGUGAAGAACUGAGUGAAGUGGAGGAGAAACAUCAUGACAAACUUGGAGAAAAACCUUUGAGUCGCUCAAAGACUAAAAAGACAUUUUUAAAGAAAACGAGAGCAAAGAAAUCUACAACCUGCUCUCAGUGUGGAAAGAGUUUCACAUCCAAACAAUAUCUUGAGAUUCACAUUAGAGUUCAUACAGGAGAGAAGCCGUUCAUAUGUGAUCAGUGUGGGAUGAGUUUCACACAAAAAGGACAUCUUAAGAGGCAUAUGAGAGUUCAUACAGGAGAGAAGCCACACACAUGUGAUCAAUGUGGGAAGAGUUUCAGUCAAUCAGCAAACCUUAAAGCACACAUGAGGAUUCACACAGGAGAGAAGCCACACACAUGCGAUCAAUGUGGGGAGAGUUUCUCAACCAAACAUAGUCUUGAGGUUCACAUGAGAGUUCAUACAGGAGAGAAGCUGUUCACAUGUGAUCAGUGUGGGAAGAGUUUCACUCAAAAAGGAAGUCUUAAGGAACACAUGAAAGUUCACACUGGAGAGAAGCCACACACAUGUGAUCAAUGUGACAAAUCAUUUCUAGGGGCAUCAAACCUGAAGAGACACCUGAGAGUUCAUACAAAGGAGAAGCCACAUUCAUGUUCUGUGUGUGGAAAGAGUUUUUCACAGCUGUGUAGUUUACAAAAACAUGAGAAAAUCCAUACUGGUAUGAGAGAGUACAUGUGCUUUGAGUGUGAGAAGACUUUUACUACAGCAAACAGUUUAAAACGGCACCAGAGAAUUCACACUGGAGAAAAACCAUACAAGUGUUCACACUGUGACAAGAGAUUCAGUGUGUCAUCACAUCUGAAAACACAUGAGAGGAUCCACACUGGAGAGAAACCUUACAAGUGUUCACAGUGUGACAAGAGAUUCAGUCAGUCGUCACAUCUGAAAACACAUGAGAGGAUCCACAGCAGAGAGAAGCUGCACACGUGUGACCAGUGUUGAAAGAGUUUCUCUAUUAAAAGUCACCUGAAGAUACACAUGAAGAUCCAUGCAGUGGAGAAACCACAUCACCACAGUGUGAAAUGAAGUAGUUCAUUUUUAUGUGCUGAACAAAAAAA